AAUUUCUCUCUUCUCUCUCCAUCUCAGAAUCGCCAUCUUCUCUUCCGCUAUUCGGGUUCCGGUUGCGAACUAUCACGACUUUUCCUUGCCCUUUGAUACCCCUCUCUGCGACCAUUUCAGAUUCUAGACGACAGCACCACAUCCGCCAAGAUGGCUGAGACUUUCGAGUUCCAGGCUGAGAUCUCUCAGCUGCUCUCUCUCAUCAUCAACACCGUCUACUCCAACAAGGAGAUCUUCCUGCGAGAGCUCGUCUCCAACUGCUCAGAUGCUCUCGACAAGAUUCGCUACGAGGCCCUGUCGGACCCCAGCAAGCUGGACUCCGGCAAGGACCUGCGUAUCGACAUCAUCCCCGACAAGGAGAACAAGACCCUGACCAUUAGGGACACGGGUAUUGGCAUGACCAAGGCUGACCUUGUCAACAACCUCGGUACCAUCGCCCGCUCGGGUACCAAGCAGUUCAUGGAGGCGCUGACUGCUGGCGCCGAUAUCUCCAUGAUUGGCCAGUUCGGUGUCGGUUUCUACUCUGCGUACCUGGUCGCCGACAAGGUGACUGUCAUCUCCAAGCACAACGAUGACGAGCAGUACAUCUGGGAGUCGAGCGCCGGUGGCACCUUCAACAUCACCGCCGACACCGAGGGCGAGCCCCUUGGCCGCGGCACCAAGAUGAUCCUGCACCUCAAGGAUGAGCAGACCGACUAUCUUAACGAGAGCAAGAUCAAGGAGGUCAUCAAGAAGCACUCCGAGUUCAUCUCGUACCCUAUCUACCUCCACGUCCUGAAGGAGAUCGAGAAGGAGGUUCCCGAUGAGGAGGCCGAGACCAAGGAGGAGGAGGAGGAGGGCGACGACAAGAAGCCCAAGAUCGAGGAGGUCGACGACGAGGAGGAGGAGAAGAAGCCCAAGACCAAGAAGAUCAAGGAGAGCAAGAUUGAGGAGGAGGAGCUCAACAAGCAGAAGCCCAUCUGGACGCGCAACCCUCAGGAUAUCACACAGGAGGAGUACGCUGCCUUCUACAAGUCGCUGUCCAACGACUGGGAGGACCACCUUGGUGUCAAGCACUUCUCGGUUGAGGGUCAGCUCGAGUUCCGCGCCAUCCUCUUCGUCCCCAAGCGCGCCCCCUUCGACCUGUUCGAGACCAAGAAGACCAAGAACAACAUCAAGCUCUACGUCCGCCGUGUCUUCAUCACAGAUGAUGCCACCGACCUCAUUCCCGAGUGGCUUAGCUUCGUCAAGGGUGUUGUCGACUCCGAGGAUCUGCCCCUCAACCUGUCGCGCGAGACGCUGCAGCAGAACAAGAUCAUGAAGGUCAUCAAGAAGAACAUUGUCAAGAAGUCUCUCGAGCUGUUCAACGAGAUUGCCGAGGACAAGGAGCAGUUCGACAAGUUCUACAGCGCCUUCUCCAAGAACCUCAAGCUUGGUAUCCACGAGGACUCGCAGAACCGCGGCACUCUGGCCAAGCUCCUCCGUUUCAACUCGACCAAGUCUGGCGACGAGAUGACCUCGCUGUCCGACUACGUCACUCGCAUGCCCGAGGUCCAGAAGAACAUCUACUACAUCACUGGCGAGUCCCUCAAGGCCGUCCAGAAGUCUCCCUUCCUUGACUCGCUCAAGGAGAAGAACUUCGAGGUCCUCUUCCUCGUCGACCCCAUUGACGAGUACGCCAUGACUCAGCUCAAGGAGUUCGAGGGCAAGAAGCUGGUUGAUAUCACCAAGGACUUCGAGCUCGAGGAGACUGAGGAGGAGAAGGCCAUCCGCGAGAAGGAGGAGAAGGAGUACGAGGACCUGACGAAGGCCCUCAAGAACGUUCUCGGCGACAAGGUCGAGAAGGUUGUCGUCUCGCACAAGCUGGUCGGCGCCCCUUGCGCCAUCCGCACUGGCCAGUUCGGUUGGUCCGCCAACAUGGAGCGUAUCAUGAAGGCCCAGGCCCUGCGCGACACCUCCAUGUCGAGCUACAUGUCGUCCAAGAAGACUUUCGAGAUCUCGCCCAAGAGCAGCAUCGUCAAGGAGCUCAAGAAGAAGGUCGAGGCCGACGGCGAGAACGACAAGACUGUCAAGUCGAUCGUCCAACUGUUGUUCGAGACUUCCCUGCUGGUCUCGGGCUUCACCAUCGAGGAGCCCGCCGGCUUCGCCGACCGCAUCCACAAGCUCGUCUCUCUGGGCCUGAACAUCGACGAGGAGCCCGAGGCUUCUGCCGACGCCCCGGCCGCCGACGCCGACGUGCCUGCCGCCGAGACCGGCGACAGCGCCAUGGAGGAGGUCGACUAAGCGACGCGACUGACUGGCGGCGAAACGGCGCGACGACUGGGUUUCUGAGCAAAAGUCUUGGUGUUAAUCUGGAGUUUCGGGAAUUGGGUGUUUCGGGUCUGGCAAUGAUGAGUCCCCCCCAUGCAAAGUAGUACUGCAUGUUGUUUUUAGUGAGCUUUUAAGCAUGGUUCAUGGUUCUUUUCCGUCUCCCUGCCGUUGAGUAGGGCCUUGGCUCCCUUACCUUUUCGUCACUGCCAUGCACAUCUCCAACCUUGAUUUUCGCGCGCUGCAUGGCAUGACAGGCUUUGUAAAUUAGCAUCAGGGAGAGAGUAUUUGAUGCGCUGGUAGAUGGUUCUUUGCAGGUAGACAGACAAUGGAAUGGGAAUGCUUAGAACAGUGUUGUCGCCAUCUGACCAAAAGUGACAUGGACGGUUGCGAGCAUUCCAAUAGUAAUACAAAAGCUCGCUUGUUUUAUUGAUUGAUUUUCCAAGGUUUUUUUUUU